AUGAACGUCUCCACAAGAGCGGGGCCUGGAGCUGCCUACAACUACGAAAUGGAGGUCCUCGGCUAUCAAGUUCGAAAGGGUCUAGGCAGACCAGGUCACGAGAUACUUGACGGGGUUGCAAAUGAAAUCGACGCCCUUUUCAGUCAAUCCGCGCCUAGCGAAGCCGCAUCAAUUUCUGUGAAAGGCGGACCGAGAUGUGGUUACUUUAUCGAACAUGGUCUUGAUUUCCUCGACACCGUUAAAUCAUAUAUUCGAGAUCAAUAUCCUGUCCGACAAUCCCUGAAAAUCGUGCGUCUCCUUCGAUCGCAACAAGGACGAGUACAUAUGAAAAGGGACCAGUCCAUAAGCAUUAUUAAAGUUGCACCAGGACGAGAUCUAGUUACAUUUCGUCUUUCUCUUCCUGGAUCUCCACUGCAAGGAGCAGUGUCUAAUCUUGUUCUUCGUGAGGAUGAGUUGCUCUUUGUCCUAGGAUCUGUGACCCUUGAGAUUGAAGAUCCGAACGAUACGGCAAUCAUCUGGGUGGGAUAUUCAUCAAACCCUGUGGGAAUGGAUAUACUGAACACAGAUGUGCUUGAUUUUGUACUGAAAGGAGCACAUGAAGUCUAGUAUAUGCGGCGGCAAUACAGUCCCUGAUAGGUUGCAAGUUUUGGCGACAUGCAGGCACUAUAAGAGCGGAUCUUUUCGUAUUUAUCACUCCGCAGCAGAUUGACAAGCUCUUCAAUAUCUGAAAAAUGUUCGAGCAUAUACCAUGU